AUGUCUGCAAACGAAUUCUACUCAAGUGGCCAGCAAGGUCAAUACAACCAGCAAAAUAACCAAGAAAGAACGGCUGGUCCAAACAACGGUCAAUAUACUGGCGAUAAUGCUAACCCUAACGGUGAACGUGGCCUGUUUUCUACUAUCGUAGGUGGUAGUGCCGGUGCGUACGCUGGAUCCAAGGUGUCAAACAAUCAUUCCAAGUUGAGUGGUGCGUUGGGCGCAAUAGGUGGUGCGUUCCUUGCCAACAAGAUAUCUGAUGAGCGUAAAGAGCACAAGCAGCAAGGACAAUACAAUAACUCAAACUUUGGUGGCGCUCCUCAAGGUGAGCAUAACAACCAUCACCGUCAGAACAAUAACAACAAUAACGGCGGAUUCGGCGGUCCUGGUGGCCCAGGCGGCCAAGGUUUCGGAAGACAAGGUCCACAAGGAUUUGGAGGUCCAGGUCCACAAGAGUUUGGUGGUCCAGGUGGCCAAGGAUUCGGCGGUCCAAACCCUCAAGAAUUCGGUGGGCCAGGUGGCCAAGGAUUUGGUGGUCCAAACCCUCAAGAAUUUGGAGGCCAAGGUCGCCAAGGUUUCAACGGCGGUUCACGUUGGUAA